AUGAACGUCCCGGCGCCGCUCCCCGCUAGAGGUCAGUGUGGCCGCGCCCGGAGCCGAGCCGCCAGCCCUCCUCGCCCCGCCUCUCCUCUUCCCUCCCGCAGCCGGGGGACUCCGCCGUGCCCGCACCCGGGACGGGCUUUGCGGGAAGCGGGAUGGGGCUGCUGUGCUGGGGGAUGCUGGCGCCGGGACGGCAGCCCUGGCGGAGUCCAGAAGUCGCGCUGGUGGAAGGCGCGGGCGGCCGGGGGCGAGGCGGUAGCACAGAAGCAAGGGCGGCGGCAGCGUCGUUGUCUGUCCGGAGCAGCCCUCUCCGCUGUGCCCGACUCCUACACGCUCUUUAAGGUAUGCUUUUUACAUACAGAAGAGGUCCUGGGGAAGCCAACAAGGGAAGCUGCAAUGGGAGGCCAAAAACUGAACACAAUACUCCAGAAAUUACUGCCAGUGUCAGUACUGACCAGAAAAAAAAAAAAGAAAAAGAAGAAAGAAAUGACUUUAGCCACCUUAAAGCAUUUUUGGAAAGGUGAGGGGGAGGAACAAACCAUCUGGAUGUGCAAGAAGUAUGGUAGAAGACCAGCUUGGCUUAACAGGGAACUCUUCAGUGAGCUAAAACACAAAAUGGAAGCUUACAGGAAAUGGAAACUUGGACAGAUAACUUGGAAGGAGUAUAAGGAUAUUGCUUGGGCAUACAGGGCUGAAAUCAGGAAGGCCAAAGCACAAUUGCAGAUAUUGGGACAUGAAGAGUAACAAGAAGGCUUUCUACAAGUAUGUGAGCAACAAGAGGAAGAUCAAAGAAAGUGUGGGUCCUUUACUAAAUAGGAGAGGCAGCCUAGUGACACAUGAUAUGGAAAAGGCUGAAGUAUUCCAUGCCUUUUUCAUCUCAGUCUUCACAGGCAAGUUCAGCUCCCAGAUUACUGCACCUGACAGCACAGUCUGGGGAGGAGGUGAGCAGCCAACAGUGGCAAAAGAACAAGUCCAUGGGGCUGGACAGUAUGCACCCAAGGUGCAACGGAUGUUGGCCAAUGUGAUUGUAGAGCCACUGGCCAACAUCUUUGAAAACUCAUGGCAAUUGGGAAAAGUCCCAGAUGAUUGGGAAAAGGCAAAAACAGUGCCCAUCUUGAAGAAAGGCAAGAAGGAGGAUCCGGGGAACUACAGACUGAUCAGCCUUACCUCAGUCUCUGAACAAAUCAUGGAGCAGGUCCUCAAAGAUUCCAUUUCUAAGCACUUGGAGGAGGAGAAGAAGGUGAGGAGGAACAGUCAGCAUGGAUUCACCAAAGACAAGUCAUGCCUGACCAACCUGAUUGCCUUCUAUGAUAAGCUGACUGGUUUUGUGGAUGCAGGAAGUGCAGCGGAUGUGACAUAACUUGACUUUAGUAAGGCAUUUGAUAUGGUCUCCCACAAUAUUCUCACAAGCAAGCUAAGGAAAUACAGAUUGGAUGAAUGGAAUAUAAGGUGGAUAGCCUCAUCAGGCUUAGAGGAUAGUAGUCAAUGGAUAGUAGUCAUAGAAAUACCACAGGUCCCAGCAGCAAGAGGCCUCCCUGAGGCUCCUCCAGCAAGCUAAAUCGGAAAACACCUGUGACAGCUCAGGGAGGCAGGUGGCCAGCAUGAGGCAGGGGUGGAUAGCCAUAUAAACACAGACUGUGAGCCAGGGAGGGGCAGUCUGGGCCUGGAAGCUGCACAGGAGAACCUGGCUAAUAGCAGAGCUGCCUAGGGAUAGCUAGCAAGGUACUAAUGGUUUACAGGGAACUACAGCCCUGAAUAGGAGGAAGCCUGGUUAUACAGCCUAUAGGCUAGGGUUUAGAUAUGAAUCAAGUGUAAAAAUAGUUUGUGUUAUAUCCAGGGGGCUUAUUUUUUGGUUAUAAGUUAAAACUGGUGCUUUGCAGAUGGGACUGUAAGGGGUGGUCUAAAAGUCCCAUUAAUGUCCUAGGGGCAUGUGGUUUCCUUCAGCCCCAUGAGGGGCAGGCUCAAGGAAUUCCAGGAGAGCAGAGCUCAGGGUAAGGAAGUGUUUGGGGCAGGGGGCCCAGAGUGGGGCAGAUUGUGGGGACUAAAAGGCCCAGAGCCCAGAGCAGGGCAUUGUGUGAGGGCCAGAGGGCCCAGGGCCUAGAGCAGGGUAGUGUUUUGGGCCAGGGCUCCUGAGCUCAGAGCAGGGUAAGGCUUGGGGCCUGAGAGCUCAGAGCCCAGAGGAGGGCAGAGUUCAGAGUCAGAGAGUCCAGGGCCCAGAGCUGGGUGGAGACAGGACCCAAUGAAGUCCAGGAGAAGGCUGGAACCCAGAAGCCAGGUAUGAUGUAGUGGCUCUAGGCUACAGGAAGCAUCCAAAAAGCAAAGGAGGCUGAGGCCGGGAAAGCCAAGUCUCAACAACGACAUAAGACCCAGGGGUGGCGGGGGCUGUGUUAGGGACAGGUAACUGCUCCCCCCCCCCCCCCGCCCCUGCACCAAGACAUGUAAUUAGCUGUCAAGCCACAGAGUGAGACUAGGCUUGGAAAGCUCUGGCACAGCCUCCCUUUCUUCAAAGGACUAUAACAUCAAGGCAUGGUAGGCAAGUAAAUGGGAGAGUUCCCAAGUAGGGCAGACUAAGCAAGGGCUGAAUAACCACCAGGGGGUGUUGCAGCCACCCCCUAGGACAGACAUCUUGUUACAGCCCCUGAUUACAGAAAGAAUGUAGACAAAUUGGAGAGUAUCAAGUGGAGGGUGUCACAAGCCAAUUAUAAUAGUGCCCAUGUCACAAGCAAGUGAAACCAUUCAAAGCAGUUUUAUUUUACACUAGGUUAACUAAGGGUUAACUAACAAGAUGAUAGUAACAGUUUUUUUGCUGCGCAUGUCAAAAAGAGAUUUAUAACAACAACACUAACUAGAAAUGAAACUUAGCCUUCUGUGCUUUACAUAAAUCAUUAUAACUGGUCAGAGAAAACAGGGAGUAGCCCUGUGAAAUAACACCAUAGCAAAGACCGCUAGAUAAUUGGCGAUUCUAAUUAAAUUUAUGACGUGGCGAAAAGCAAUUGGCUAUUAUACAAACAAAACCCCACUGCACUUCCGCAAAGAGGAAGAAGAGGACGAAGAAGGGGAGACCUCCGCACACACCUUAGACACCUCUGAACGUACGUGUCAGAGUAACUGACAAAUUGAUCACUUGUCAGUUUCCCCACAUCUCGACCCAAGUUCAGACAUAAAUCAACAACCUGCCAGCCCAACCAUUUUUCUGCCCGACCACCAAACUCUUAUGCAGACCAACCUAUGAACCCUAAGCUGUAACUAACCAAGUAUCUCUGACCUCCGUCUUUCACCACCUUGACGGCAUGAGUAAAUAAUCUUGCUUUGCAACCGAUAAGCGUCCGCCUAAUUAAUUCCACUCCAAGCAUCACAAGUACCCACCUGACGGCCUUCUAAGGC